AGGGGAAGUGGUGGGCAUCUUCUCAUCUGCACUUCUCUGUGCCAUCCAGAGCAGGAAACAUGGACGAACAGGCGCCCUGGGAACUUGUUGUGUGAUAUUGCUGUAAGGAUGCCAGCACCGCGGUGGAUCUGCGCUUAUCUGACGGCGGUGCUCGUGCUGGUGGUAUUCGCUGUUGGGCUGAAAUGUGAAGCGCAGCGGGCAGCAGUGGAGGUACUGAUUAAAGUCCAGGUCUUUGACAACAGUGACCUUUCACCUCUAAGAGAAGCUGCGGUUCAGGUGUCUGGCAACCAGUCUACCCUGGCGUCCGGCAAAGCAGGAGAUGACGGCAUCGUUACGGUUACGUUUCUGUACCAGCCGGGAACCUGGGUCAUUGUCGCAGCCUCCAAACGUGGAUUCGUGACCAACUCUGCUCCAUGGCAUGCCAACCGCAUCCCAUUGUACGCAUCAGUAAGUCUGUACCUGCUUCCUCAGAGACCAGCCACCCUGCUGCUUUAUGAUGAUGUGGUGCAGCUGCUGCUUGGCUCUCCGGGUUCAAGCAGUCAGCCGUGGGUCCAGCUCCAGAGGAAAGCCAUCGGUCCCAGCUCCAACAUCUCAUACAAUACACUCUCUGCCAUGCUCACCUCCACAAGAAGCCAGUACGAGCUAGGUGGCUUUCCUUAUCCGCUGGGUAUAGAGAACAACACAGCAGGUUCGAACAGUAGCUGGCUAGAGCUGACCGCCCUGGCUGCGGUGUGUGCGACCCUCACUGAGCCGAAUGGCACUGAAUUGCAGCUCUCAGGGCCCGUCCAUGUAUCUGUCCCACUUCCCUCUGACGUACCGCUCAAAUCUGCCACCAGUGUGCCCAUCUGGAGGUUUGAUGACAGAGCAGGUCUGUGGGUCAAAAGUGGUGUCGGCCACAUCAGAAAAGAAGGCUCUCAUCUGACCUGGAGUUUUGUCGCUCCACACUUGGGGUACUGGCUGGCAGCUUUUCCUUUAGCUACAGGCACGUUGCUGAACCUGUCCGGUCUUAGGGACAUCACCACAUACCACACCAUUUUCCUCCUGACCAUCCUGGGCUUCCUGGCUCUCCUGGUUCUAAUCCUGCUCUGCUUGCUGCUUUAUUACUGCAGGAGGCGAUGCCUAAAACCAAGGCACCGUCACAGAAAAAUGCACGUCUACUCUACACUUGAAAGCUCCAAAAAAGACCAGGGUACAUCUACUUCUCACCUGAACCUUAUAAGCAGUGGUCACUUGGAAAUAGCCUCGUCUGCUAGAGAUCUUGAUGGUGUCAAAUUGGACUCGUCCACCAGUAGAGACCAGGGCAGACCAAAACAGCGUCAUUCCAAGAGAAAGUAUGUUGAGAACAUUCCACUCCAAACCACUCGGUCCACCAACACCAACGACCAAGACUUGAUCGUUGAAGAUUCUAAUAAACACAAUCGGCAUUACCAUAAUGCUAAGGGCACCCAAGGUUAUAAUCCUGAUCCUUCAUGCCAAUCACAAUUGCACUACCAGGAGCAAAGACGGGACAGCAAACCCCCAGAGUACACUGCAUCCCAGGCUGCGGAUCACCUGACGAGGCCCGUCUCCAUGAAUGGGCAACCCGGCCAGCUUAUUUUUUGCCACUCUAUGGAACAAAUGAAGGACAGCAUGUACCACAGUGUGGUGCCUACCUUGGUCAUCCCGGCUCAUUACAUGCGUCUUUCGUCAGACCUGUCAGCCAUGGAGCAGGCUGUCGACAGGCAACAGCAGCUGCAGCAUGAUAUGGAAGGCAUUCAGGUGAGCAUGACCCUAUCCCGCCAACAAAAUCAGCAACAGCAGCAAGAAUCCGAGGAGGACGAGGAGGAUAAAGCCGACCAGCACAAAGAAGGAACGCAGGAGCAGAACUGGAGUUCGGAGAGCUCCUCCGGACCUGUCCACAUCCCUGUGCUUUUUAAUGAAUCCACCAUGACUCAGAUGAACAGCGAGUUGAAGGCUCUUACUGACAAGAAACUGCUGGAGCUGGGUGUAAAACCACAUCCUCUGGCAUGGUUCGUUUCCCUUGACGGGCGUUCCAAUUCCCUCGUCCGCCACUCCUACAUCGAGUUAGGGAGUGAGCCAUUCCGUGUACCUGCCCAAGAGCAUCAUGCGGAAACUUACCCCGGGAACUCGAACAAGUCACAGAGAAGGUGCAAAGACGAAAGCAAGGCAAAAAAGGGGGCCUAUGAUAAGAUCUAUUCAAAACCCCCAGUCAUUGACACUUCCAAACCCAGCAGCAGCACCGAGAGCCAGACAGUCCCACACCCACCAGAGGAGGGCUCCACGGGACCUCUGCUUGAGUCUCGGGACGGAACCUUUCCACGAAAGGGGCGCAGUCGAGACCACAGUGCCUGCAGCAGUAUCACGGAGGUUCACAGAGAUUCAGUGACCAGCCGUGACGAUGAAGAUGAAGAUGAAGACGACAAGGACGAUGACGGCGAGAAUAAAAAGAGUCCUUGGCAGAAGCGUGAAGAGAGGCCACUCAUGGUGUUCAAGUAGUUUUAUUUAGAGGGGACAGUCAGGGAUUGUUAAGGCCUUUAGAGCUUCUACAUUGAGACCAGUUUGAGGAUGACCUAGUCCUUGAGUUUAGAAUUAGCAUUGACUGGGUUUAGUACUGAACUCUACUUGACAGUUAGUACCUAUCUUGCUGAUUCUUCAACUGCAAUCACUUGUAAAUUUAAAUUUUUCCUACCAAGAGUUUACCCCACGAAAUGUCUGGGAGGUUGAGGGCUAAUGACUGCUCAAUGGGCAGCUGAACACACUUUAAGGAGAGCACUAUUCUUUAUACAUGGAUAUUCUGCACAUAUAUCUAUAUACUGAUCAGGCAUGACAUUAUGACCACCUUCCUAAUAUUGUGUUGGUCCCCCUUUUGCUGCCAAAACAGCCCUGACCCGUUGAGGCAUGGACUCCACUAUCCACUAGACCCCUGAAGGUGUGCUGUGGUAUCUGGCACCAAGAUGUCAGCAGCAGAUCCUUUAACUCCUGUAAGUUGUGAGGUGGGG